UCGUCACUAACGUCAUCAGUUUUGAAAAAUUUCACUUCAAAAUCUAAGGAAAUAUUUAAAAUUUGCCAAAAAAAAAAAGGAAAAAUGUCCCAAGCUCCUGUAAAUGUCUCACCUUUAAUAAAAUUGGCCCGGUGGUCCAUGCUAAUAGCCGGCAUUGGAUAUGGCGCAAUGAGGCAAAGAAAUCUUUCAGAAAUCGAAGCCGAAAAUCGUAAGGAAGAAGCUAAGCAGAAGGCAGUGCGAGAGGCCCGCUUGAUGGAGGAAAAGAAACGAGUUCACGAUGAUGAAGUUAAGGCGCUGAAUCUAUUAUCAAGACCCGGCAGGGGGGAGGAACAUUAAAUGUAGUGUUUUAUAUUUACAGAAAACUAAUUUAUUAAAUCUUCAUUUAAUGCGA